AAGCUUAAAAUAUUUCGAAGAAAAGGGAUAUUACGAUCUUUACUUUGUCCACUUGCCUAUCUGGACAAACGGUUCCUUCGUCUCCUACGUGUAAACCGGUUAAACUUUGGCGAGACAUAUAAUCGUUACAAUGUCAUCCACUAGUCCGCCCGCGAAUCAAGCAAAAUUCUCAGUUAUUAAUGAUGACAACAAUAGUGACAAUCUGUCGGCCUCCGCGCACGACAAUGUUAUCUCCGCAAAAAGCGAUAUCGGAUUCAAAUGCCGUUCUGCGCAAACUGUUGGAUGAAGAGUCGAAGACACACCGAGUACGCUUGCAAAAUAUUAUUGAUCAAAUGAAGAAAGAACUGCAACGUCGAGUGAUUGAGAGCGCAAAAUUGACUCAUAAAAUACAGGAAGAACAACUACGAACGGAUAAAUUAGUCAAAAAGAAGUGUAACGAAAUGUUUGUUUUACGGAUGGAAAGAGAAAACGAAAUAACGAAAAUUUUCAAAAAAUGUCUCGAUGUUAAUGCAUCUGAUAAACAGGGCGAUGCAAAUGAAAAUGUUGCGUCUCAUCUUUUGACAUCACAUCCGUCGACGGCGAAUGAGCCACAGAACGAUAACACUGUGGCUGAUUCACCGAUUUUAACGCCUAGAAUUUGGAACAAUUAUUUAUCGAUUGUUAUUAAUAAAACGAUCAAAAAACAAAAAAAAAAAUGGAUCAAUAAAACGACCAAAUAGCAAAAAAAAACUCGCAAGACAAUCGCCAUGCGUAAAUAGCACUGACAAUGAGAAGACAGUUAUCGAGAAACCUAACGAGAGCGACAAGAGCGAAUUUGAGUCAUUUGGGAGCGAUUA